UUAGUACCGGGAAUAUGACUAGAGCAUCCACCUUUGCAUCUAUUCCUCCUACUCCUUCAUCGAUUACUACAGAAGAAAAGACAAUUAAGACAACUAUAUAUACGAAAGAUUGGUCAGUCACUAUCACACUUAGCGUUGUGCUUCCUGACUUGAAARGUAUUCACGAAAAUCUCUCGCCGUCAAGUGAAUUGUAUCGCUUGCUGUCCAAGCCUAUUUUGACAAAUGUUGAGAAGUUUGCCUCUAACUUUGAAAGUUUUGUGUAUGCCAAACUCAUUUCCGUCAGCCGUAGAUCUGGUAGUGCUGUUGCAACGGUUGAGUUACGCUUUUCCAGCUUGAAAAAGAACGAAUUGAUUGACCUCGUCGAAGUUUUGGAGGACAAUCGUGCGAUCGAAGAGCUUGCCGUGGGUUCAUCAAACAUCACUGCUGAUAAAGUUCCCAGUGCUCCAAUUGGUGUACAAGUACAUAGCAUCAGUCCGACCGUUGCUAAAGUUCUAUGGGAGCCUAUCGCACUAAACUCAAGACAUGRAUCUCUUCUUGGUUAUAAAGUAUAUUACAGAGCCGCUAACUCCAAAAAAUGGAACACAGCCUCUUGCAACUGCACCAACGUGUCUGUAAAGAAUCUGAAACCAAACGUGAAGUACCGCAUUCGAGUGUUCGCUUUAACAACCAACGGCAAUGGUAUUCCAAGUCCAGCAUUAGAAGUAAUAACUGGUCAAGGUAUAGGUGCCGCUGCGACGACAGUCAAACCAAUUUCAACUGCUCCUUCAUGUGCAGUAACUUGUCCAAAAGGUGAAAAAGGUGACCGUGGAAGCAUUGGUCUACCUGGUCUUCCUGGACAAACCGUUUAUUUGUCUUCUAAUAAUGGCACAGUACAUCUAGUCAAAGGAUCAAAGGGUGAGCCUGGAUCUUGCUCGACGAACUGCUCAUCAAUGUUGAAAAUUCGUGGACCUAAGGGAGAGCCAGGAAAAAGUAUAGUGGGUCCGCCAGGAAAACCAGGAAAUCCUGGCCCACCUGGCGUAAGUGGACAACCUGGGGCUAGUGGUCUUCCAGGCACUCCUGGUGCCCCUGGCCUUCCUGCAACGUAUAUCAACAUGACCACAGGCGAGGUCAUAAGGAUCCUUCAAGGACAGAAGGGACAACAAGGUUUUAAUGGAAGUAAAGGAGAAACAGGUUUUAAAGGUGACAAAGGUAUUACUGGGAGUGAUGGACRAAAGGGUGAGAAAGGUCAAGAUGGUCGUCCUGGUCCUCAAGGAAAACGAGGUCUUAUUGGUCUUCCUGGAAAGUCGUUACCUGGUCCUCAAGGAAAACCUGGUCCAGUUGGAAUAAAGGGCGAGAAAGGUGAUCCUGGCGCUCCCAAAGGGGAAAAGGGAUCUGAAGGGCCCCCUGGAUCCAUAGGAAUCAAGGGAGAUAAAGGRGAGUCAGUCACUGGACCACCUGGUCCUCCAGGGCCACCGGGUGAUGGCAGUAUAACAAAUGGUCACUCUACAUGUUCGUGUCCCCCCGGACCCAAGGGUGUCACUGGGCUUACUGGACAAUCUGGACGAGAUGGUUUGAAAGGCGAAAGUGGUGAAAAGGGACAGAAAGGCGAGAUUGGUGAACCUGGUAUCCCUGCACCGAUCAGCCCACCAUUUCCAGGUCCACCAGGUUUAAAAGGCGUYAAAGGUGAACCCGGUGAUCCCGGCUAUCCAGGUCUUAGAGGAGAGAUUGGACUUCAAGGACCACCAGGAUUUAAAGGAGAAUCUGGUCAAGUAGGAAUUAAAGGAACUCCUGGAAUACCUGGUACCAAAGGUGAUCGCGGAAACGCAGGACGAAUUGGUUUUCCUGGAAUAAAAGGWUCGCCUGGUGAGCCAGGACCUGUGGGGCCAACAGGAGCAGCAGGAAAAAGUGGAGGUAAAGGAGAAAAGGGCGAGAGAGGAAUUAAAGGAGCUACAGGUACAAACGGACUGAAGGGAGAACCGGGUGUACCUGGAAUUCAAGGGGAACAAGGUGUCAUUGGUUCUGCAGGGGAAAAGGGUGCAAAGGGUGAUCGAGGCUUAGCUGGAAUCAAAGGAGAAAAGGGAGAUGAAGGAAUCGGGAUCAAAGGAGCGCAAGGAAGCCCUGGUACUAGUGGCACACAGGGACCUCGAGGACGACAAGGGCCUCCAGGACCUCCCGGACUCGUGGCCUUCGUUAAGGGCGCAAAGGGAGAGAUUGGUCUCACAGGAAAACCUGGAACGCCUGGUGAAAAGGGUAACGAGGGUGAUGAAGGGCAGAAGGGUAGUCAGGGUAUUAAAGGCGAGCAAGGAAGCAAAGGAGAGGUUGGUGCGACAGGACCACGUGGCAAACCAGGAUUGGUUAUUCCUGGACCAUCGGGACCGCAAGGUCCACCGGGCAGCAAAGGMAGCAGUGGCGAGAAGGGCAGCACUGGUGAAGCAGGGCUCAAAGGGCCCAUCGGUCCUCCUGGUUUAAAGGGAAGCAAAGGAGAAAUUGGGCCAGUCGGACCAAAGGGUAAAAGCAUACAAGGACYUCCUGGACCUCCAGGACCACCCGGACCACCUGGCUUGAUUACGGAAGUUCUUAUUCCUGGUCAAGGUCAACAAAAGGGAGGCGUUAGUAAGGGACAAAAAGGAAACCCUGGMAGACCAGGAUUUCCAGGACAGCCUGGAACAGAUGGUGAGCCUGGAGAACCUGGUCUUWCUGGUCCACCAGGUGAUCUUGGACCUCAAGGGCUUGAAGGACCGAUUGGUCAAAAGGGAGAAUCUGGRCAACCAGGCCCUGCWGGAGCUCAAGGUCAAAAAGGAACGGCAGGAAAACAGGGUCCUCAAGGACCUGUUGGGCUCCCAGGACCACAGGGUCCUCCAGGACUAGAUGGUGAAGCUGGACGUAAAGGCGAAAAGGGUAACCAAGGCUUUGGAGUCAAGGGCAUCAAAGGCGAAAAGGGAUCAAUGGGACCUAGGGGUGCGAAUGGAUUCCCCGGUAGAAAAGGAGCCAAAGGAGAUUUCGGCCAAAGUGGACUUCCUGGACCUGCAGGUGAACCUGGAGUAUCUGGACUACCUGGUAGUGUAGGCCCCCCAGGACGCAAAGGUGAGCGAGGUGAUACAGGACCAAUCGGGAUCAGAGGUGAAAAAGGUGAAGUUGGUAGUCCAGGAGUUCCUGGAAAAGAUGGUCUUGUUGGAAUACCUGGUCAAACUGGUGUCAAGGGUGAAGCUGGUGAUCGUGGUAACGAUGGGGCUAAUGGUGCUAAGGGCGACAAGGGUACGAAAGGUCAAGAUGGACAACCAGGAGUGAAGGGAUCUCCUGGAGACGUUACAACAGUUGUAGGACCUCCUGGUCCUCCCGGACCACCCGGCCUGUCCACGAUUAAGAACGAAAAUGGUACCAUCAUACGUGGUCCCCCGGGCCCUCCAGGGCCAAAAAGCUUAAUACCAGGACCACCUGGACCUCCAGGACCACCGGGGUCUCCAGGGCCCCCUGGAGACUCCAAGAGAUCUGUUGGAAAAACACCAGUUGAUAUUCCUGGAAUGAAGACUAUGGAACAUGGGGUUGUAACCUUUGAUUCCUUAAAUAAUAUGAUACAAAGUGCGCCAGCUGUCUUUGCUGGUACGAUUGCAUUUGUUUUAUCGGAACAACGUCUUUAUGUWAAGACCAGCACUGGAUGGAGACURGUUUUGGUUGGUCCGUUAGUGAUAGGACAGACUCCUACUGACCAAAUAUACGUUACGCAGGAACCAUCAAAUGGAAUGCUUAUAUUGCCUCAACCAGGAAUCAGAUUAACAGGACGUUAUCUUCGAUUGAUAGCCCUAAACUACCCUAUUACCGGUCAAAUGGGCACUCUAGCGGGUAUUGAUGGCCAAUGUUGGAAACAGUCUAGAAAAGCUGGCUUCAUUGGAGGAUUCAGAGCAUUCCUCUCCAACACACUGCAACAUAUAUACACAGUGGUGCCACGAGGAGAGAGAGACUUACCCGUUGCUAAUCUCAAAGGAGAGCAAAUCUUUUCAUCUUGGCGAAAACUAUUUGCGAAGCAUUUAGCUUUUAACCCCAAAACACCAAUAUAUUCCUUUGACGGCGAAGAUGUCAAUAAAAGCAAAAGAUGGUCAACAAAAUAUUUCUGGCAUGGSUCAAAGAACGAUGGUCGCAAGGCCGAGGAGAAUUGUGGGUCUUGGCAAAGUCGAAGUGGMAAAGACCUUAGYACGGCCUCUGCACUUGAUGGAAGCUCGGCUAUACUCGAUGAACAAUAUUACACUUGUGACAAUCGAUUUGCUGUGCUAUGCAUCCAAACCAGUCAUAACACAUUUAGGAAAUAGCUCAAUAGCUCACGACAUAUGAACAAUGCGAGAGAAAAAACUGAAAAGUCAUCCAGACCGAAACCCGCCAUGUUUUGCGCGCGUGCGUAGUGCGACAAUUUGACGCCAUUGUCAAAUUGCAAUUCAGAAUAAUCAUUGAAAAAAAAAGGAAAACUAAAAGAUAUACAUGAAGGGAAAGCUUUAUUUUACAAGACAUGUUAUAUUUAUAUUAUCCACCGAGACGUUUGUUCGUUGUUUAUGUUCAUGGCGGUAACUAGGUCAAACAACUAGGGAAUAUUCAAUUUUGAAAGUGAGACUUUGACGGCAACUGUAUCGUCUACAAGUUGACCGUCCRRAGAUGUUUCAUACGAAUUUGAAGUAGAAUUAAAGUGAAUUUCAGUUGAAAUUAAGGCCCAUUUAUAAAGGAGUCUGCACACAUUUAUUAAAAGUACAUAAAUUUUUACAAAUGAAUUUUUUUGACCAGAAUAGAAAAAUAUGAAAUAAGAAAAAAAUAAAUGAUUACCAGAAGGAACCAUGGCUUUUUAUAGUAAUUCUAUAAUUCAAUGCGAAAAAAGUAAAAUUAGCGAUAUCAUAUACAGUGUAUUUUAUUACUAUGCUCUAGACAGGAAAUGUUUCAAGAAGCUCUCUUGUAUACUUUGACCUCUAAGAGCAAAAUAAACAAAAUGGUUCUCAUCUU